GCACCCUCUCCAUCUCCUACCAUGGCGACGAAAAUUAUACCAUCUGACUUCAGCGUUGAAGUCACCCGCUUGGAAGGAGAACCUGUUGCCAACAGCCCUCAUGUGAAUUCCAUUGAAAUCGAGUUCAAGAUGAUCCGACACGUCAGAAACGACUCCAGAGUGAUAGUUUAUCGUGAUGAAUUAAUCCGCGAGAGUUGGUCUGAGACGCGUGCUCUUUUUCCAGUGAGUGUUUUCAGUACAAAAGAGUACAUAGCGGACUACCUCGUUCAAGCAGGAUUGACACAAUCGGAAGCAACCCUUUUCGUGGAAACUGAUGUCCUUCCACCUCUGAACCAAGGUGAGAACCAAAAGUGCUCCCGAUUGUCCAUAGUGGUUACCAAGAAUGUUACGCUGGCACGAAGUGUACGCUGGGAGACAAUUCAGAAAAUUGAUAUUACGGGGGAUGCGCGAUUUGCAUUGCGAAGUUGUCCGAAGCGCCGGAGAUUCAUCGAUUGCCUUGCAAGCAUCUCUUCCAUCCUCCCUGCAUUGAGAAGUGGUUAAAGGAGAGAAGUCACCACUGUCCUGUGUGUAGAUCUCCCAUGCCAAUUCGCGAGUAAUUUCCCUUUUUAUUACUUCUUUCUAACCUUCUAGGGGUUUGACGCGCGAUCGACAUAACAUGAUUUGCAUGUUCUUCUUCUUAAUUAAUUUUCUUCUUUUAUUAUCUGCAAUACAUAAUUAGUCAUCUAUUCUCUUGUUAGGGUUAGUUGUAUCUUAUAUUAAAAUUUUAUUUAAAAU